UGAUACUUCACAGACACUUCAACAUGGGGAAAGCGUCGAAAGCCACGAAAAAGUUUCAGAACAAGCACUUGAAGCACACGAUCGAGCAUCGUCGUGAGGUGCAGAAGCAGAACAAGAAAAUGGCCCAGAGGAGAGGCAAGGGAAACGGACCUGCAGAGCCCAAAGAGAAGAAAUCCACGAGACCCAUUUUCGAUGACAUGCCCGUAGACAAGUUCUUCGAGGGCGGCUUCGAGGUCCCCAACCCCAAAAAAGGCACUGACGCCGCGAAAAACGAGGGUUCUGCCGAGGGCUCGGGCGCCAGCGCCGACGACAGUUCAGAUGAGGGCUCCGACAUGGACCCCGAAAUUGAAUCUGACCAGGAAGAAGCCGGUCAGGAGGCCAGCGAGGGCGAGUCCUCAGACGAAGAGGACGAAGAGAUGAUGAAGCAGGAUAUGGCCGAGUUGGAAAACAAGGACCCGGAGUUCUACAAGUACUUGAAAAACAACGAAAAGGAGUUGCUUGACUUCGAGGGAGUCAACCCGCUAGACGCCAUGUCCGACGACGGCGAAGGAUCGGGCGACGAGUCUGGCGAAGAGGCAAGCGACGCCGAGGAGGAAGUGGAGGCUGCGCCGGCCAAACAGAAGAUAGAUAUCUCCAAGGCGCUCGUGGCCAAAUGGGACAAGCAAUUGAAGGAGCAGCCCAAGGCCAAGACCAUCCAGAACGCGAUCUCUGCUUUCAAGAGCGUGGUGUACAUCAACUCGAGCGACAAGAACGAGUCCCGAUAUAGCUUCAACGACCCGGACGUGUUCUCCGACUUGAUGUUUGUUGGCUUGAGACGCGUGCCGGAGGCCGCGCAGAAGUUGGCCCCGUACAAAGUCAACCUGAAGGACGUGCGGUCCGUCGACGCCAAGAACGCCCAAACGCGUGUGGUCAGCCGCUUGUUGAAGAGCCAGGCCGGGGCGUACAUCACGCUUUUACAGGACAUCACCAACACGGAGACUGCGGCGUUGGUCUUGGCUUCUGUGCAAGAGGUCUUGCCUUUCUACAUCUCGCAGAGAAAGAUCCUUAAGCAGAUCUUAGGUUCUGUGGUGGACGUGUGGGCGUCCACGACCAACGUGGAGACUCAGGUGUCCACUUACGCCUUCAUGAACAACGCGGCCAGAGAGUACCCCAAGUCCACGUUGGACAUCAUCUUGAGAUCUUCGUACUCGUCGUUCUUGAAGAACUGCAGAAAGACCAACGUGCACACCAUGGACUCUCUCAACUUCGCCAAGAACUCGGCCGCAGAGCUCUUUGGCAUUGACGAGAACUUGUCGUACUCCAUUGGCUUUGAGUUCGUGCGCCAGUUGGCCGUGCACUUGCGGAACACCAUCUCGUCCACCAGCAAUGUGUCGGAGUCCUCGGGCAAGGACGCGUACAAGUCCAUCUACAACUGGCAGUUCUGCCACUCGUUGGACUUCUGGUCCAGAGUGUUGGCCAAGCAGUGUGACCCCGAGAAGGAAUUGGUGUCGCAUAAGUCCCACGAGUCCCCCUUGAGACCGUUGAUCUACCCGUUGGUCCAGGUCACUUUGGGCGCCAUUCGCUUGAUCCCCACCGCACAGUUUUUCCCCUUGCGCUUCUACCUCAUCCGCUCAUUGAUCAGAUUGUCGCAGGGCACGGGCGUGUACAUCCCGAUCUACCCGUUGAUCUUCGAGAUCUUGACGUCCACCGCGUUCUCCAAGCCCCCAAAGAACGUGUCCUUGCCGGCCGUGGACUUCAACUACAUCAUCAAGGUGAACCAGCAGUACUUGGGCACGCGUGCAUACCAGGACGGCUUGUGCGAGCAGUUCCUCGAGUUGACCAGCGAGUUCUUGGUGUUGUACUGUAAAUCCAUUGCCUUCCCCGAGCUUGUCACGCCGGUGAUCUUGUCGCUCCGCCGGUUCAUGAAGAAAUCCAAGAACAUCAAGUUCAACAAACAGAUGCAGCAGCUUGUGGAGAAACUCAACUCCAACGCCAACUAUAUAACGGCCAAGAGAAGCGGCGUCGAGUACGGCCCGCUGAACAAGGCAGAGGUCCAGGCGUUCCUCAAGGAUGAGAAGUGGGAAUCCACGCCAUUGGGCCAGUAUGUGGUUGUCCACAGAAACGCCAGGGAGGAGAAGGCCAGAAUCUUGAAGGAAGCGGUGAUCGAGGACGAGAAGGCCAAGCAGAAAAAGAAGACUGCGGACAUCGAGAUGGAGGACGCCAUUGAGGCUGAAGAUGACGAGGACGUUCAGCUCGACGAUGGCGAGGACGAGGACGAGGAGUAACGGGGCACCGGGGCCCACGAGUAGUACUACGACGUUUCAACAUAGAUAUGCCAAAGUGACAUCAAUAAAUAAUAAGAUCCGAUUUCUUCUCCAUCACGGAUCGAUUGGGAUGAAGUUGCCCACUAUGCAGCUGGGAAUGUUAUACCGGUCUCUUCGGAUGGUGAAGCUGAAGCAACAGCUUUUCCUCUUGCGCCCGUCUUUUGUACGAAGAUUGCAGCUUGUGAGCACAGCUUUCUGGCCCUUGUCAAAGGCAAUGGCACCGUACUUCUCCCAGAAGUUCACAGCGCUUUCUUCGCUCAUCAACUCAUAGAGUGCUAGUUUACCGUCUUUCAAGUCAUCUGUUAUCACUCCAACCA